AUGCCCAGUGCAAACUGUGCGUUUUAUGGCUGUUUUAGCAGCGGUAGAAAGAAAAUAUCACUGUUUAAAAUUCCCGUUGUCAGCGCAAGAGAUGGCGAUCAUGUCAAAUCUUUGAAACAAAAUGCUAGAGAAGAAUGGCUUCGCCUCAUUUUAAGAAUGAGAGAGAUGACGCCCGAUCUGAAAAAACAGAUAGAAAACAACAACAUCCAUCUCUGUGAGCUUCAUUUUAAACCCGAGUGCAUUAAUGUCUGUAAGUAUUCUAGCUUAUAUAUAUUUGUGUUAACCUUGUUAUGAAUAUUUAUGAAAUAAUGUGGUUGAGAAUACAAAGCCAAAGGUCAUGUCCGAUUGUCCAUGUUAAUAAUACAUAGAAAACUGCUAAGUCUAUGAACAACUUCUGUUAAAUAUAUGACUGGUUAUCCAAACUUUUCCAAUGCUAGGUGGAAAGGCUAUUUUACGUGCGCCGUGAAUAAAUCUUAGUCAAAUACGAUAUAUAAUUUAAUACAGUAAUUUUGCAACUGAGGUCAUAAUUUUACACUGUAAUAUUAUCUGCCAAAUUUUAAUCUACAGCUCCGAAAAGAAAAGAUUUGGUGUGCGGCAGUGUUCCAACUGAGAAUCUUCCUACGAGAAGCCACGAAAAACCAACAACAAAGAACAAAGACCACUGGUAAAGAUGGACACGACGCCUGACUGUUCUUACGAAGACCCUUCGACAUCCACAAGCUCCCCAAGUGAAUUUCGCCUCGUAGACUUCGAUGGCAUUGUCAAGCAAGUGAAGGAAGGGAAAUUUGACCCUUGGAAUGCGGAAAUAACUAGCAACGGCAAAGUCAAGUUUGAAUUUUUUGACAAUUUACAUUGUUUACCAAAAUACUCCUUGGAGGUGGACACUGGCUUGUAAAUUUCAGUCCUGGUAUACAACUGGCCCCCAUCAGAAAACCAUAGUGUCUAUCAGGAAUUUAGACAAACUGUUCGAUACGCCAAUAUUUCAGAAGUGUUGGAAGUAGUUGAAAAGUCAUCGUUAUGCAACGGAUUGCCUCAAGAUGAUGAUGAUGUGCAACCACUUGUUAUUGAUCCUACAUCACAAUGUUCUUUAGAGUCAGGAACUGUUCUAUGCCAUUCAUCACCAAAGCUGCCAUGUGAUGGUGAUACUCACUUUGAAGUUACUGUAUUUUUUUGCUCUGUUGACUGUGAACUAUAAUUGCCCCAACUGAUGAAGAACAAUGCAAACCAUGUUCCAGUGCUGUUACCAAGAUCAAGAAAGCCAGCAGAAGAAAAUCAAGGUCGUCAAAGCUUCCGGCAAAACCUAAAGCACCACUUGCAGCAUGUGGACCUGAAAAGUUGCAUGCUACUUUGAAGGCUACCCGGCUUGAGUGUAAGGAACUAGAGGGAAGACUUCAGAAUUUGGAAAGAAAUAUUGAAACGAAUGGUUUGGGCAUAAGUGAGUCUACUGAGAAAGACAUCCUUAAAAUCAUGGCUGGAAAAAACCUUGAAGAAAAUCCACACAUGAAGUUUUUCUGGGAGCAGCAGAUGAAGCUUCUUCAAACAAGCAAGAUGGGAAGAAGAUAUGACCCCCAAAUUAUCCGGUUUGCCCUGUCACUUCAUGCUAAAUCUGCUAGUGCAUAUCGUGAGCUGCAAGACAGUGGUGCCUUGAUUCUCCCGAGUGAGCGUGUCCUUAGGGACUACAAAAACUAUUACAAACCGAAAGCAGGAAUCAACAAAGAAAAUGUUGAAAGCUUGAGGGAAAAACAUCUUCAUUUUAAGAGGUAGAAAUUAUAAAUUUAUGAAUUUGAAGUGAACACCCCUCAAUGUGUUGUACUGUGUUGUUUACAUUGUCUGAUAAAAAGGAUAUGAUGAACGAUGGCACUGUAAUGUCUAACAUGUUGUAUCCUACCAUAUUAUUGUACAGUAUUACCAGGGUCUGAAAUUUAAAUUUUAUCUCAGUAUCCAACUGGGAUACCAGGAUUCAAAGUUUUGUAUUCCCCCCCCCCCCUUUAAUCCAGUAUCCCAUUUCUGGAUACUGAUUACCACAGGUAUUAUACCCUGUCCCAUCCAAAUAAGUUUCCAUAACUCUCACUGUUACAAUAACAACAAUUUAUCAUUUACCCCUGGAUAUCAGGAUACUACAAAUUUCAGACCCUGGACUAUUACAGUGGUGACGCUAAUUAAUAUUUUUUUCAAAAUUGUUGGCAAACGGGGGAAAGGCCAUCCCAAAAAGCUUUUCCGGACAUGACAAUUUCGAAAAAUUAAGCGGCCAAAAUUUUUCCGGACAUAAUAUUUUUCGGCAUGUAGUAAAACACUGACUACCGGAACACCACCGGAACAUCACCGGAACACCACCUAACCCUAACCCCAACCCUAACCCCCAACCCUAACCCUAACCCCAAACAAAAUGGUGGUGUUCCGGUGGUGUUCCGGUAGUCAGUGUUUUACUACAUGCCAUAUUUUUCUAGAUAUACUGUAAUAUACUAAAACAUUUUUCCUAAUGCCUUCUUAGUUUUAAUUUUCCCUUUCCUAUGCAAGCAUCAACUUAACACCAGCUUAAAACACACUGCUUACAAAACAAUACUCUCUUCCCCGACAAAAUGUGAAUUUUCCCCUGACAGGAGGGGGGACUAAGCUUCCCUAACAGGGGAGGGGCACCCCUGCACUACCCCUGCAGUAUUAUGUGGUACUAUAUGAUCUUGUUUCAUAUUAUCACAGGUAUUAUAUUACAAAUAUAUAGAACAAUAUAUAAUUUAUUAUUUCACAUUAUUAUUCUUAGGUAUAUUUGUGUUGUGAUGGAUGAAAUGAAAAUCCAGUCAAAUUUGGUUUUUGACAAACAUUCUGGGGAAUUGAUUGGGUUCAUUGACCUGGGUGAUCCCAUGAUCAAUUAUGCUAACAUCCAAGAAGAAGAUAUGGUUGCUUAUCAUGCUUUGGCCUUCCUUGUUUGUGGGUUAUGUACUGACUUAAAGCAUAUCAUUGGCUAUUACUUCACUGGUAAUGUCACAUCGUACCAGCUGAUGCCAAUGUUUUGGAAAAUCGUUUCUGUUCUGGAGGUUGCUGUUAAUUUAUUGGUUGUCGCAGCUGUCAAUGAUGGAGCAUCGCCAAACAGAAAGUUUUUCAAUCUUCAUAUCAACCUUGCUGAAGAAAUAAAGUGUGAUGUUGUGUACAAAACUCACAAUGUUUUUGCAAUGUCACGCUAUAUGUACUUCUUUGCGGAUUCUCCACAUCUGAUGAAAACCUCAAGGAAUUGUCUUUACAAUUCUGGAUCAGGUUCUCAUAGCCGCUAUAUGUGGAACAAUGGGAACUAUUUGCUGUUUAAGCACAUAGCUGAUUUAUUUUACAGUGAUAAAGAUUUUGCACUGCACUCCCUUCCUAAGCUUACCUUGGAUCAUGUCAUCCUCACCCCUUACUGUAAGAUGAAAGUCAAGCUGGCGGUCCAAGUGUUAAGCAAGUCUGUGGUAUUGCGUUGCAGGAAAGUGAUAGAGAAGAUGUCCUUGGUACUGCUCUGUUUUGCCAGAUGAUGAAUUCUUUCUUUGAUUGCACUAAUGUUCGAUCGAAAGAUGAGCAUAGCAGGAAGAGAAAUGAAUUUAUCAAACCUUACACAUGUUGUGAUGAUGAGCACUUUACCUGGCUUACAGAUGUUUUUCUAACAUAGCUAGAAGAUUGGAGGAUGAGCACAUUGACACGGCCUGGUGAGUAUUCAGCAGAUGAAAGAGCAAAAAUGUUUUUGUCUCUACAAACCUACAAUGGUCUGAAGAUUUUUGUUCUGUCUCAUGUCGAAGCAAUUAAGUUUUUGCUCAAGCAGGGAUUUCAGUAUGUUCUGACAGAAAGAUUUAUGCAGGACGUUCUGGAAGAUUAUUUUGGUCACCAGAGAGCUAGGGGUUACAGAUCAGAUAAUCUGACAGCCCAACAGUUCGGCUACAAUGACCUCACAAUUGCUACACAGAGGGACAUUGCACCAGUUAUCAGAGGAAAUGUUGGCGGACGAUACGAAGUGAGGAAAUGGCAGACGGUCAGUGAUGAACCAGUGAAAAAACGUGUAAAAAAGACAAAAAAGAGUAGAAUACCAAUUGAAAAUAAUAAAAAAGAUUGCGGCAUAUCGAUUUUACAAUGA